CUGUAGCUUCAGCUUUAGCUGUUUGAUGAUGACUAACUACCGUCUUCGCGAUGGAAUACCUACCUAGUCUUCAGCAGGAGUUUGACGAGCUCAAGCCGUCGCUUUUCGAACUCCUCGCUGAGCAACAGCUCUCAGAUCUCCUACCUCCUUCACUUCGAUAUCUCCUUGCGGUCGCUACACAUCGCCAUCCUCGCUAUCUAUUACGGAUCCUAAACUCAUACGACGAAGUCUACGCACUCCUGUCUCUCAUUGUCGAGCGAUACUAUCUCCGUACCUUUGGCGGCUCUUUCACCGAGAACUUCUACUCUCUUAAACGAGAACGAGUCUUACGGACCAAAAAUGGCGAGAUUCCUCGGGCACAGCUCGGCGCGCCAGGUCCCGUGCGCGAGUCUCUUAAGCUGCGCUCGUCGGACGUGUGGAAGAACCUUUUUGUCAUGGUCGGAAUCCCCUAUCUGAAGCGCAAGCUGGACGAGGGCUACGACAUACACGCCGCACCGCAGGCGUCGCUGAUCUUGAGCGGCGGGCCGCGAUACAAUCCCAGCGACGACCUUCCUCCCCGCCCAACAAUCCGCCAGCGGCUGUUGUACUACUACAAAUGGUUCUUGCGGAACGUCUACCCCUCCGUUAACGCCGCAUACUACUUCUCCAUCCUAGCCUUCAACCUCGCCUACCUCUUCGACAACACGAAAUACUCCUCCCCUUUCCUAUGGCUCAUCGGCACCCGAAUCCGCCGCCUAGGCGCCGCCGAUCACCGCGCCAUCGCCGCAGUCCUAGACGCCAAACCCAGCGCCAGCGCUGCCUCUGCGCGCUCCCGCCCCGGCUCAGGACUCCUUGGUCUCCUAAGCCCGCAGAAUCUCUAUCCACAACUCCUCGCCUCGCUGCGCUACUUCCUCCCGACGUCGAUCUUCGCGCUGAAGUUCCUCGAAUGGUGGCACGCAAGCGACUUCUCGCGCCAACUGGCGCGCAAGGCGACGGAGGUGCUCGAUCUGCCUGCCCCCAUCCCCCGUCGCCGGAUGCAGCCUCCCAUCUCGGCUACCUCGUACCUACCUAUCUUCACCGUUCCUCUUCCACCCGCGGACUCGGAUAGUGCGUCCGCCUGCCCGAUUUGCCUCAACACGUUGACGAAUCCGACGGCGUGCCAGACCGGCUAUGUAUUUUGUUAUGUUUGCAUCUUUCACUGGUUGAAUGGGGAGCACCAGCGGCAGUUGGAUUUCAUGAAUGGCGAGAGCGCGGGCGCUGCCUGGGAAGAUGAGAGUGAAGACAAUGAGGAGGGUGCGAAAGACAAUGAGAACGGCCGUGAGGAAAAGAAAGUCAGUCGGGAGGGCAAGUGGGAGAGUGGCAAAGGAAGAUGUCCAGUCACAGGACGCAGGGUGCUUGGGGGUACUGAAGGGCUUAGGCGAGUUCUAAUCUGAUUGUCAUGAAUCAUGUCGAGAAAUAGGUGUACUGUGCAUCUAGAUGAGCUUCCUUUGUCAUUAUAUAUAUCACAUUAUAUACCAAGUAAUCCAACCGACGAUUAUAUCCGCGGAAGGAUGUGUCAGGAACCUAAAA